UUCGCUUUUGUUGUCAACUGUGUAUGAUUGGUUGUUAUAAUUUUGAUUUUCGGAACGAGGGUGCGAAACCCUUACGGCGAACGUAAAUAGGACGUUAAUAAGAAAAGCGUCGCUUUUAGCCAGAGUGUAGGCAGUACUACGCUUCGUUGAAAAAUUUAAAUCGGCUUUUUGCCACAGUCAACGCAGAACUACGUUUCUUUGAAAAUUUAAAUCAGCUAAAAAUAUUAAGGUUCCUAAAUUCCCGAUGAAUUGAAGACUUUGGAGGAUCUAAAAAUCUGAAGAACCUACAAAUCCGAAGAAACGGAAGAAUCCGAAGGAUCGUAAACAUCUGAAGGUUUUGAUGGAAGAACCUGAAAGUUCAAAGAAAUAAAAGUAUCUAUGUAUCCAAACUAAAAACUAAAGGAUAUCAAGCAUCCCAGGAAAUGAAAGAUGUUAAAGAAUCCUACAAUGAGACAAGGAAUUUAAAAAGUCAAAAAAAACGAAAGAAUCCCAUAUGAGUAUUGGAACAAAAAGAAACGCGGAAAAUUCAUUGUCUACGUGCUGAAAAUUGUAUACAUCAUUGUUGACACAUGAAAUUGUCAGUCCCUGCCCUGUACCAUCAAAUUUUUGCUUAAUUCUUGCACCCUGUAUACGCCUUGAGUCUAUACUAACGGAGCGCCUCGAGUCCCCUUUUGUUUACUCAUGAUUAUAACCUCAUUUUACAGUUACACAUAACCUUGCUAAGGCACUAACUAAAAAACAAAUGUAGCUUUUAAUUAUGCUACUUCAAAGGUUCAGAGUUUUUCUUAACUUGAGACAAUUGUCAAGCAUUCGCAGUCAAGAAUUACAACAUUCACAGGAAGGUAAUUCUGCAUUCAAAGAACCUUCGGAGUUGGACCUUGUCGAAAAUGAAACGCCACAGCGAUCUGUGCUUGAUGAAUGCACAGACGAUAUCUCACAUGUUGCUCCAUAUCUAAAGCCCACUUUUAACUUCGCAGCUUACGUAAACAAAUCGCACACGUUACAAGAAUUAGUUAAGUUAAACGUAGAUUUAAGCGUACUUGAAAAAAAACCGGAAGUUGUAUCCUUCAUUUUAAAAUUAGAAUUCGAAAAAGAUGUUAAGGACCUUGUUAUAUUUUUAAGCGAGAUUGGAGUAGACGAUGUUGGUGCCUUUAUCACGAAAAACCCAUUCAUUCUUAAAGCUGAUUUGGAUAAUUUACAUGUUCGUGUAAAUUACUUAAAAUCGAAACGUUUCACAAACGGUAUGAUUGCGUCAAUUGUCACACGAAAUCCCAUCUGGUUGAGUACAAAUACACAGGACAUUGAUAGCAAGUUAGGCUUCUUCCAGAAAGAAUUUCAACUGACAGGUAAAGAAGUGCGAGCACUUGCUGUGCAGCAACCUAAACUAAUCACCUUUCCGUUGCAACGUGUGAAACUGAAUACGUUUGUCUUCAAAGAAGAGAUGGGUUUACGAGAUGACGAAGUGAAGUCAAUGUUGCUGAAGAAACCAAAUUUAUUUAUGAAGUCACAAGCAAAUUUGUUGAAAACGUUCGAGUUCCUUCAUAAAAAAAUGAAUAUACCAAUCGAGAGGAUAGUCGAAGUGCCGGAGGUCUUGAUGUGCCGCUUGUUUAGAAUAAGGCAGAGGCAUUUGUUUUUAGAUAGUUUAGGGCGUGCACAGUAUAAUCAUAGAAACCCGAAUUAUGUCUCACUUUUACAGUUAGUUUCGGGAUCAGAUGUGGAUUUUUCUGUAGAUGUAGCAAAAUCGUCUGUUCAAGAUUUUAAUUUAUUUUUAAAAAGUUUGUAAUAUACUUAUUGA